CCGUGAGGGGCUGCCAGGCUUUGGAAUAUUCAAACUUAGCUCAACUAAAAAGAUGUUACUUUUGGGAAAAACCCAAUUUAACAUAUAAUCUAUCUGAUCCGUUGUUUCAUGUAUUUUGGCUGUAUCUUCUUUCAUUCUUGUGAUUGGGAGGGUAUUCUCCUCUGCCAUAGAGAGUUUAACUGAUCUUCUGUUGGAAAAUUUUGAAGUCCAGAAUUUGUUUGAAUCUUUCACAAUAUUCUAUUCUAAAAUUAGUGCUAAACAAUUGCUUUUUUAAGAUCUUAAAAUAGAAGUUUGGUGAACAACAGGAAGAGAAAAACCCUUUUUUAAUGGAGAUCAAAGCUGGUCCUCAUUUUCAAAUGCCUUCAGAUCAAGAAUGCAAAACUGCUCCUAGUUGCUUGCUUCGUAUUUAUACAGACAGGAACUGUUUUCUUUAUUGGGCUACACUUCAGGGCUUCAGAACUGCAUGCUAAUGGCAUUGUAUUAGUAGUAAGUACUAGGUAGUACUGGUAAGUUAACUAUGGGUAGAAAGGAAUGUGUUAAGUUCAUCUUGUUCUUGUUGGUAAUAUUGGGAAUGGGCAUAAGUAAAGGAUCAGCUCAAUCAAGUCUGCUUAGUGAGAAUUUUUAUGAAAAUUCCUGUCCCAAUGUUGAGGCCAUUGUGAAGAAUGCUGUUGAUCAGAAAUUCAAAGAGACAGAUGUGACAGUUCCUGGCACUCUGAGGCUCUUCUUUCAUGAUUGCUUCGUCGAGGGAUGUGAUGGCUCUGUGAUUAUUCAAUCUACUCCAGACAACAAAGCUGAGAAGGAUUCAGAAGAUAACUUAUCCCUGGAAGGUGAUGGAUUUGAUACUGUAAUCAGGGCAAAGCAAGCUGUGGAGGCAGAGUGUCCCAACACUGUGUCUUGCGCUGAUAUCCUUACCAUUGCUGCAAGAGAUGUCUUAGCACUGGUUGGAGGCCCAGGGUUCAAUGUAGAGUUGGGUAGAAGAGAUGGAACCAUAUCCCAAGCAGCCAGAGUAGCAGGAAACCUGCCAAAGGCUACAUUCAAUUUUGACCAACUUCUCUCUCUCUUCCAGAAAAAGGGUUUAACUCAGACAGACCUGGUUGCUCUCUCUGGAGUUCAUACAUUAGGAUUUGCUCACUGUGAUCAGUUUUCAAGCAGAUACACCAGCAAUCCCAUUGAUCCAUCGCUAAACAAACAAUAUGCGAAGCAAUUGCAGCAAAUUUGUAACAGUAAUCGCGAUCCCGAUUUCGUAGUAGGCCUGGAUCCCACAACACCUCGUCACUUUGACAACAACUACUACCAAAAUCUGGUAGCUGGAAAGGGCUUGCUUUCUUCUGAUGAGGCCUUAAUCUCUGACCAACGCUCAAAAAGCACUGUCAUUAGUUUUUCUCGCAACUCCUCUGUAUUCUUUGCAGCCUUUGCAGAAGCAAUUAAAAAGUUAGGGAGAACUGAUGUUAAGACAGGCAGUCAAGGUGAGAUCAGAAGAGAUUGUUCACGCUUUAAUAAGCAAGUUUACUGAUAAUUAGAGAUCUGAAACUUGUGCACUUACAGUCCAUAAUUUCUAAUUGAGACAGAAAAAAAGGCUUUUUGGAUAAAAUCCUGAAAGAGAGGAUUUAAGGAAUAAUCGAUGUUUGGGUUACUAAACUUUGUUACCCAUCAUCAGCAAAAUGGAUGGAAGUAUGCCCGAUGGAUUAAUAAAUGCGGAUUUGGGUUUGGUUUAGGCCUGAAUUUACAGGUAAUUUGAAGUUAGAAAUUUGUUCUCUCAUGCAAUUCUAUCAAAAUUAGUUUUGAGGGGCUGGAUUGGUAUUCCUCUAAUGGAGGGAGUCUUGUUAUAGUUUUGAAAUCAGUUGUUUUUGGAUUA